UUCGUCGUCUCCGUGCGUGGACUUUUCACAGAUUUCUAGAUCCACAGCAGAGGAGUUAAACGAAGAAAAAGAGAACAGAGAGGGAAAACCUAAGAAGAUUUUCUCUGCAACUCUUCUGAGAAGAAAAGGAUAAAACAACUUCACGAAAAGAAGAGAAGCCUCCCAUUAAUAAUGGUAAAUCUCGUAUAACUGCGCGGUGCAGACUCCAUACAAUCAUCAUCGAUGGCUGAAAAUGAUAGGUCUCAAAGACCAGCUGCUCCCCCUCGCCCCACGAUUGCUCUCCCUUCUCGCUCCUCGGUCGAGAGUCUCUUCACUGGCGGAGCUGGCACCAGCCCCGGUCCUAUGACGCUCGUCAAUAAUUUCUUCUCUGAAAACGAUCCUGAGUCUGACUGUCGGUCUUUCUCGCAGCUUCUCGCUGGGGCCAUGGCUUCGCCAGUUUCUGUUGCCGGUAUGAGACCCAACUUUUUCACGGAUAAUUCAACCCAGGAGUCCUCCAAGCAGAAGGAUUCAGGGGAUGGAGGUGAAAAGGAUUUCUGUCUUAAGCCCCAACGACCGUUGAAUUUGGUGAUUGCCCAAUCCCCUCUGCCUAUGUUUACGAUUCCGCCUGGUUUAAGCCCUGCUACCUUGCUUGAUUCACCGGGAUUCUUUUCACCUGGUCAGGGUCCCUUUGGAAUGUCUCACCAGCAGGCCCUGGCACAAGUCACUGCACAGGCUGCUCAAUCCCAGUCUUAUAUGCCUAUCCAAGGUGAAUAUCCUUCUUCGGUCUUAGUACCUCCUACAACUUCACUAGUGCAACAUGUGCCCUUUAGUAUCAAUGGACCUUCACACCAACAUAUCCCACCAUCAACAUCAGACUCUAAAGGCACCAUCGUGGAAUCAUCAGAGUUCUCCAAUUCUGAACAGAGGUCACAACCUGCCUCCAGUGCUGUUGAAAAGCCUGCUGAUGAUGGCUACAAUUGGCGGAAAUAUGGGCAGAAGCAGGUGAAAGGAAGUGAGUUUCCUCGAAGCUAUUACAAAUGCACCCACUCCAAUUGUCCUGUCAAGAAAAAGGUUGAGCGUUCUCCUGAUGGUCAGGUUACUGAGAUCAUCUAUAAGGGCCAGCACAACCAUCCACAACCUCAACCCAAUAAGCGUGCAAAAGAAAGUGGGAAUUCUAAUGCAAGCUUAAGUUUGCAAGGGAAACCUGAAUUUGGUUCACGGGUUCAGUCUGGGAAUUUGAAUGGGCCAAAUGAAAAUAUUACCUCCUCUUCACUUUAUAGGAAGGAACAGGAAUCUAGCCAAGCAACGCCUGAGCAACUAUCUGGUUCAAGUGAUGGUGAGGAAGUGGGUGAUGCUGAAACAAGAGUGGAUGAAGGAGAUGAUGACGAACCUGAUUCAAAGAGAAGGCACAUAGAAGCCAAAGUUUCUGAACCUGCUUCUUCACAUAGAACAGUCACAGAACCUAGGAUCAUUGUGCAGACAACAAGUGAAGUUGACCUUUUGGAUGAUGGAUAUAGGUGGCGCAAAUAUGGUCAGAAAGUGGUCAAAGGGAAUCCUUAUCCAAGGAGCUACUAUAAAUGCACAAAUGCUGGAUGUAAUGUUCGCAAGCAUGUGGAGAGGGCUUCAACGGACCCAAAAGCAGUCAUAACUACAUAUGAGGGUAAACACAAUCAUGAUGUACCAACAGCUAGGAACAACAGUCAUAACACAGCCAACAGUAAUAUGGCACAGAUAAAACCUCAGGCUGCAGUAGCUGAAAAGAACAGCUUACUUGCAAAUUCUGAUAUCAGGAAUCAAGAUCAACAGCUUGUAGCACUUCUACGGUUAAAAGAAGAGAAAAUAACUUAAUUUCUUUGUGUCAUGCCAUAGACGACUGAAAAUUUGUAGCAAACCAGGUGCAAGCUGUAACUUUUCUUUGUUGAAACCUGAGCAUCAUGAACACAAGGUUACAACUUACAAACUUGUGUGCCUGCUAAAGGGAAAAAAAUAGGGAAGGAAGAAACACGAAACAAAGAAAAAGAAAGAAGUCACUUUAAGCUGGUUGAAUAAAUCUUUGAGGAUUAGGCUCUAAUUGCUGCAGCCUGUAGACUAUUUAGUUGGACAUUGCUGAUGAUUGAGCAUUAAAUGUUGCAGCCUGUAAACUAAUUUAUUGGGUCAUAUUGUUGUAUUUUAUGAUCUUAUAUGUGUUUCCAACAUCAGUGGUCGUUCUGUUCUUCUGUACAUUCUUUUGUACAUGAGAAUUCAAAGGUGAUGUUUUUGGGUGUUGUUUCUUUCAUACCUACUUAAUUCAUCUGCUAUCUAAGGUAAUUCAA